GCCUAAACCUUUCCAGGGCUCUGCUUUUUGGGGCUGCCCAUCCCUCGGGCUGCGAGGAAGGACAUACGCCCAGCAUCGGACGAAGAAGAAAAACUUGUCGGAGGGGUUUCGCCAGCCCACGAGCCACCCCCUUACCGCAAACCUAAACCUCCCACCGGGGCCAUCCCGAGACUGAGGAAAGUUCCUUCAGAGCCUACAGUCCUCUUGGAUUUGGAGGCGGCCGUGGCGCUGUAUGUGGAAUUAGAUCUGUUUUGAACCCAGUGGAGCGCAUCGCUGGGGCUCGGAAGUCACCGUCUGCGGGCACAGGGGUGGCGCUGCCACUGUAGGGAACCGACAGUUUGCCAGCCCCAGCUGCAAGUGGCCUUUCUUCCCAGCAGUUGUGCAGUGUCGGUGAGGGCUGCGAGUGUGGCAAGUUGCAGAGAGAGCCCCGGAGGUCCGGAGAGGGCUGCGCUCCUGCUCGCGCUCGGCUCUUCCUCUUCUUGGCUCUGCGGUGUGAAAUCCCAGCGAAAUUUGCAAAGGCCUUGGGGUCCCGCGGAGACCACUAGCCAGCGUCAGGCCGGGUUGCCCCUAUUUCCCGCGGGAGUCCCAGAGAACCGAGCGCUAGGGAAGGACUGGCGGGGGCCAGUAGGGAGGUGGCGACGGCGGCAUGGCGAGCUUCCCGAGGGCCGACCUGGCCGCUGCUGGAGUUGUGUUACUUUGCCACUUUUUAAUGGACGGGUUUCAGUUCGCGGAAGGGAAGCCAGGAAACCAAAUCCACGACUGGCAGUAUGAUGUUGCUCAGGCCCUGCCUCGGACAGCAGAGGACGUGGCUGUGGAUUUACACUCCUACAGCCACAGGUGGAAAAGGAACCUGGACUCCCUCAAGGCGGUGGACACGAACAGAGCAAGCAUGGGCCAGGACUCUGCAGAGCCACGAGGCUUCACGGACCUGUUACUGGACGACGGGCAGGACAACAACACGCAGAUUGAGGAGGACACAGAUCACAAUUACUAUAUAUCUCGGAUGUAUGGUCCAUCUGAUUCUGCCAGCCGGGAUUUGUGGGUGAACAUAGACCAAAUGGAAAAAGACAAAGUGAAGAUUCAUGGAAUCCUGUCCAAUACUCAUCGGCAAGCUGCGAGAGUGAAUCUGUCCUUCGAUUUUCCAUUUUAUGGCCAUUUCCUACGUGAAAUCACUGUGGCAACUGGAGGUUUCAUAUACACAGGAGAAGUUGUACAUCGAAUGCUCACAGCAACACAGUACAUAGCACCUUUAAUGGCAAAUUUCGAUCCCAGUGUAUCCAGAAAUUCAACCGUCAGAUACUUUGAUAAUGGCACAGCCCUUGUUGUCCAGUGGGACCAUGUACAUCUCCAGGAUAAUUACAACUUGGGAAGCUUCACGUUCCAGGCAACCCUCCUCAUGGACGGACGCAUCAUCUUUGGAUACAAAGAAAUUCCUGUCUUGGUCACGCAGAUAAGUUCGACCAACCACCCCGUGAAAGUGGGGCUGUCUGAUGCAUUUGUCGUGGUCCACAGGAUCCAGCAAAUUCCCAAUGUUCGAAGAAGAACAAUUUAUGAAUACCACCGAGUAGAGCUGCAAAUGUCCAAAAUUACCAACAUUUCGGCUGUGGAGAUGACCCCCUUGCCUACAUGUCUGCAGUUCAAUGGCUGUGGCCCCUGCGUAUCCUCCCAGAUUGGCUUCAACUGCAGCUGGUGUAGUAAACUUCAAAGAUGUUCCAGUGGAUUUGAUCGCCACCGGCAGGACUGGGUGGACAGUGGAUGUCCUGAAGAGUCCAAAGAGAAGAUGUGUGAGAAUACAGAGCCAGUGGAAACUUCUUCUCAAACCACCACAACCAUUCAAGCAACAACCACGCACUUCAGGGUCUUAACCACCACCAGAAGAUCAGCCACAUCCCAGCCGCCUACCAGCCUCCCCACAGAAGAUGAUACCAAGAUAGCACUACACCUGAAAGAUAAUGGAGCGUCCACAGAUGACAGUGCAGCCGAGAAGAAAGGGGGAUCCCUCCACGCUGGCCUCAUCGUCGGGAUUCUCAUCCUGGUCCUCAUCAUAGCCGCAGCCAUCCUUGUGACAGUCUAUAUGUAUCACCACCCAACGUCGGCAGCCAGCAUCUUCUUCAUCGAGAGACGCCCAAGCAGAUGGCCUGCAAUGAAAUUUCGAAGAGGUUCUGGACAUCCUGCUUAUGCUGAAGUUGAACCAGUUGGAGAGAAAGAAGGUUUUAUUGUAUCAGAGCAGUGCUAAAAUCUGUAGGACAGAACGGCACCAGUACUGGUUUACAGGUGUUAAGACUAAAAUUUUGCCUAUACCUUUAAGACAAACAGACAAACACACACACACAAAGGAGCCCUAAGCUGCAGUAUCCUGAAGGAGACAAGAUUUCUGGACAAGCCCUGCCCAAGAAGGGUAAAAGAAAAACUAAAAGUUAUACAAGAUACCAUUUACACUGAACAUAGAAUUCCCUAGUGGAAUAAUUAAUACCUAUAGUUCACUCAGAACAUCUGGUAUGGACUUAUCUGAAGUUAUGAAAAGAUUCCAGUGCUUUUGGCUUAGGUGCAGGGUUGCAAAGGGAUCAAGAAAAAAUAAUAAUAAAGCUUUAGUUCACAAGGGAUCUAAACCUUUGGUUCAAAUGUUCUUCUCUGAUGUCUCAAAGGUAACUGUGUUCCAAAGCCUGAACUCUUUUACUCAAAAGAGCAAUGAUGAAUGUUUCAAGAUUGCUAAGGAAAAAAAAACAUGCAGAAACAAAAACAAACACAGAAUCAGAGAUUUUCUAUCUUUUC